AAGAUGGAUUCUGCAGACUUACUUGAGAAGGAAAAAGAGUUUAAAAAGCUUAAUAAACAAUUAGAAAAGAAGACAGAGAGUUUGAUGAAGCAAAUAGAAAAAGCAAUGCAAAAGCCAGAUUUCUUUUCAGAAAUCCCUCAAAAUAUUUCACUACACGAACACUCAAAUUAUAAAAAACAUUGCUGCGACACUCCUAAAUCCAGCCCUUCUCCAAAAAGUACUCCAACAAAAAUUAAAACAAAAUCACCCGCCAAAAUAACAGCCAAGCGUGAACCAGAGACAAAUUGCAAAGACCACGGCUGUGACCAUCAUGCCAGUGAUUUUGGAAUGCUGGAAAAACGAAGGGACUUCGAUAAUGAAUUUUUACAUGCUUUUGUUAUAAUGAAUAUUCAUGAAAAGGUGCUACCAUCAUCAUUUGCUAAAGAUGGUACAACUGUGGAAAGUGUGUGUAAAUUCUUGGCAUCCAAGGCAAAACUGCUGCAGGAACAAGUAGACACAUUGCAGGCGACUAUUAAUAAGAAAGCGUCACAAUGUGAGAAACAUCUAGCACGCCAAGCAGACCUGGAAUCUGAGAGGCUGACGUUUUUGAACAACAUCAACAACUUGAAUGCUGAGCUGAGCAGCGCAAAAGCCAAGUGUGCGUCGCUGCAAAACCGGCUUAAUGAAAAAGAGCGUGUUUGCGAAAAACAGAGAUCGGAGUUGGACAGUCAAACGUGCCGUAUGAAGCAGCUGACAUCGAAGAUUGCCAGCGAAGAGUCCAAACAAAGCUCUUACGAGAGGACUGUCGAUAAGUUGCGGAGGGAACUUGAGAGCGCUAAGAUCGUUGAAAAGGAAUUUCGAUCAGCAUCUCGGGAACUUUCGGCCUCGCAUCGCAACGCCAUCUCUGGAUUAGAGUCACGAACUAAAACACUGGCGUCUCGUAUUCACAAGCAAGCGGAGCUCAUUGAAAACUUGAAGCGACAAAACGCUUUGUUGACCACAGAAACAGCAAUUAAAGCACUUGAAAAAGAGUAUUGCAAGUUUUUGGAUAAAGAUUUCUGAUAAUAAUUACUGGGUUUUAUUU